GGGGCGGGCGGGGUUGGUUGCGCGGCGCGGCGGCGGGUCGGGCGCUGUGAGGGGAGGCAGGAAAAUGGCGCUGACGCAGGGCACGAAGCGCAAAGUCUGCUACUACUACGAUGGGGAUGUUGGGAAUUAUUAUUAUGGCCAAGGACAUCCCAUGAAACCCCACAGGAUCCGCAUGACCCACAACCUCCUGCUCAACUAUGGGCUCUACAGGAAGAUGGAGAUCUAUCGUCCUCACAAGGCCAAUGCAGAGGAGAUGACCAAGUACCACAGCGAUGAUUACAUCAAAUUCCUGAGGUCCAUCCGCCCUGACAACAUGUCUGAGUACAGCAAGCAGAUGCAGAGAUUUAAUGUUGGGGAGGACUGCCCUGUGUUUGAUGGGCUCUUUGAGUUCUGUCAGCUCUCUGCUGGAGGCUCUGUUGCCAGCGCGGUGAAGCUGAACAAGCAGCAGACGGACAUCGCAGUGAACUGGGCUGGGGGCCUCCACCACGCCAAGAAAUCCGAAGCGUCCGGCUUCUGCUACGUCAACGACAUCGUCCUGGCCAUCCUGGAGCUGCUCAAGUACCACCAGCGGGUGCUGUACAUUGACAUUGACAUCCACCACGGGGACGGGGUGGAGGAGGCUUUUUACACCACAGACAGGGUCAUGACCGUGUCCUUCCACAAAUACGGAGAAUAUUUCCCAGGAACUGGGGACCUGAGGGACAUCGGGGCAGGCAAAGGGAAGUAUUACGCUGUCAAUUACCCGCUGCGGGACGGCAUCGAUGACGAGUCCUACGAAGCCAUUUUCAAACCUGUGAUCUCCAAGGUGAUGGAGACGUUCCAGCCCAGCGCCGUUGUCCUGCAGUGCGGCUCCGAUUCCCUGUCUGGGGACAGGCUGGGCUGCUUCAACCUCACCAUCAAAGGCCACGCCAAGUGUGUGGAGUUUGUGAAGAGCUUUAACCUGCCCAUGCUGAUGCUGGGAGGAGGGGGGUACACGAUCCGCAACGUGGCUCGCUGCUGGACCUACGAGACCGCUGUGGCUCUGGACACUGAGAUUCCCAAUGAACUUCCAUACAACGACUACUUUGAGUACUUUGGGCCAGACUUCAAGCUGCACAUCAGCCCCUCCAACAUGACCAACCAGAACACCAACGAAUACCUGGAGAAAAUCAAGCAGCGGCUCUUCGAAAACCUGAGGAUGCUCCCUCACGCUCCUGGGGUCCAGAUGCAGCCAAUUCCUGAGGACGCUGUGCAGGAAGACAGCGGGGAUGAGGAGGAGGAUGAUCCUGAAAAACGCAUUUCCAUCCGAAAUUCCAACAAGAGAAUAUCCUGUGACGAGGAAUUCUCUGACUCCGAGGACGAGGGGGAGGGAGGGCGCAAGAACGUCGCCAACUUCAAAAAAGCCAAACGUGUGAAGGCAGAGGAGGAGAAGGAGGAAGAGGAGAAGAAAGAUGAGAAGGAAGAGGAAAAAGCAAAAGAGGAAAAAGCACCAGCACCACCAGCAGCAGCAGCAGCAGCAGCAGCAGCAGAACCCAAAGGGGUGAAGGAAGAGACAAAAUCCACCUGAGGUGGCUGCAGCUUGUCAUAGGUUGAGCUCCUGGGCUGCCUCCUCCCCACAGGAUUUCUAUUUUAUAUAUGUUUUCUGUAUAUAUUUCUAUAUAAUUGUAUAAAUGACUGGAGAACUGUAAAUUAUUCCUUGCUGCACUCCACUGGGAGCAGCCCAGCUUUGGUGACCAGGGAGUUUUCACCCUUUGCCUUCCACUGCCCCUCCUUGGUGUGGCUCUAAAAACACAAAAAUCACAAAAAUCACUUCCUCCCCUUCCCUCUCUCCUCUGAAGUAACCCUGGAAAAGAAAUAAUUUAAGUAGAAGUAGUGUCUGCAUUUCAGGUUAGGUGGAAAGAUGGCCAUCAAUUCUUGCUUUUCCUCAAUUUUUUUUUUUUUUUGGUGUUGUUUUUAGUGGGAGAAUUCCCAAACCUGGGAGAGACUUUUGUGGUUUUUAGCUGGAUUCCACCACGACAAAAAAAACAAACAAACAAACAAAAAAACCCCAAAAAAACCAACAAAAUCCUGCCAGCUGCUGCCACUUCUCAGGGUCAAAAUCGUGCAGUUCUUGAAGAGAGUUGGCUCCUCCCUGCAGCAAACUUGGGGAAAGAGAUGAAGCAGCUGAAAAGAAACCUGAAAAGUCUUUUUUUUUAAAUUAUUAUUAUUUUUAAAGUGAAUCAGCCACAGAGCUCAGAUCUGGAAGAUGUAAAAUUAAAAUCACCCUUAGGGGGUGGUUCAUUUUUCUGAGAUCUCCUGGAUCCAGGGAGUGAGGCAGGAAGGGAUUUUUUACCUGUUUUUUAAUGCCCCUCUCUGGGUGGGGAGAAAAUUCCUCCUCUUUUGGCUUCGUUUUCCUCUGAAAUCCCCUCAAAGCCAGCCCAGAGCCUGGCUGGCAGCUUUUCCUCACCCGUGUCCCUAAAAAACCGAUUUUUUCCCUGAUUUUUAAGCCAAGUUUUCCAACUGGAUUUCCCUCCCAGGGCCAAUAAAUCCCAAAUUUUUUAUCCUUCUGAGGGAACAGCAGAUGGGGCUCUGAGCGUUUUCACCGCUCCUCCCACACCCUCAAAUCUCCUUUGUGACCUCUCACCUCUCCUUUUGUACAGCUGAGGGGAAAAAAAAAAAACAACUUUUGGCAGGGGGGGAAAUUCGGAUUUUUUUUUUAAUUGUCUUUUUAUUUUUCAGGCAGUUGCUGCUCUCCUUUCUCAGGGGGAUCCCUCUGGAAUUCCAGAGGUUCUGCACCUCCCACGGGAGCACUGCUGAGGGUUUCAACUCCAAUAAUGCUGCUAAAACUUCACACAGGUUCUUUUGCAAAGGGUUUAUUUUUUUAACUCGGUUUUUUUUCUCCCCUCUCACCUUUUUUUUUUUUAUUUUUAUUUUUUCCCACCUCACCGUGGAGUUUUUUUAGUCUCUUUGGGGGUCUGAGUGAGGUUUUCACUCAGAUUUUCAGUGUUUUUAUGUGAAGCAAGAGAGAGAUCAGUGUAACUUUGUGUCUGGGGAACGGGGGAGGGAGGGGAAAAUCUAUUGUGGUUUUUUAAAGAUGCGUUUAUUUUGAAUUUUCAGAACCUUUGUAAUAAAACUGCUCCAUUUCUA